UCGCCUAACCGUCACGUUGCGCGCUGGUCGUGGUAACCGCACGGUAACGGUCACGUACGUUCCGCUCGUACUCGCGGUAUCCGCCGAUCUCGCAGUGUGAUAUUUUCGAUUCGUCCUAGUACCAAUAUUUGCGUACCGUGGUAACCAUCGACAUACCGCUCGCGGGAGGUGCGAUCGUCGAUCAUAUCCGGCCUCGAACCGGUCCGAAAUUAUACCCACUCCCCCCCUCCCCCCCCGUUAGUGGCUCGGACACAUCAUGUACGAUGUGGGCUGAUAACGGACCUAGUCCCUCGAGAGAUUUUUCGACGUGCGAACCCGAGUGACCGUGUGCCACCAGAAAAGGAUAAUUAUAAUAAAAAUUUAAAUUAAAUUUUCAAAAUUAUACAAACGCGUCCGGGUCCGUUUUCACGGACAAACCGCCGCCAAACCACGGAAAAUCGUCGUCCCACUGCAGCCAUGGUCCGUCCGGUGGUCUUGGCUUUGGCGCUGCUGUUCUGGCUGAACGCCCGUCCAGGAGGAGUUUCGGGUCAAGGUGCUGUGCGUCAGAUUUUCGCCGUCGUACACGGAACUGCGUUGUUGCCGUGUGACAUUGCACCACCGAUACCCCACGAUCCCCUGGACACUGUCAUACUGGUGGUUUGGUACAGAUAUGAGAAAACUGCGAUAUAUAGCGUGGACAUCCGAGACAAGUUUACGGACCCAAACAAGUCGCAUUGGAAAGACGAGUCGUUGGAGGGCAGGUCACACUUCCGAAUGCUAUCCGAACCGGCCAUGUUAACCAUCGAUAACGUAUCGGAAAUGGACGCCGGAAUUUACAGAUGUCGAGUAGACUUUCGAAAAUCACCGACCAGAAACUCCCGACUGAACCUAACAGUUAUUGUGCCACCACAGAAACCGGUCAUCCUGAGCGAGUACAACGAGGAGAUAGAACACACAGGACCGUUCUACGAGGGCGAUCGCGUGAAGUUGACAUGCAUGGUGUCUGGAGGUCGCCCGGAACCAAAAGUCAGAUGGUGGCGGGGUGAGACGUUAAUGGAUACCGGAAACGAAGGGAUUUCCGGACAAUUUACAGCAUCAUCAUCGUCGGUGAAACAAAACGAAAUGACCAUCGAAGCGCUGGGCCGGUACGACCAGGGAGCCGUGUACACUUGCCAGGCUUCAAACAGCAACUUGUCCGCCCCCGUCAGUGCCAGCGUCACGAUCGAAAUGUACCUCAAACCGUUGGAAGUUCAAGUGCUCAGCAGCAGGCAGCCGCUUAGUUGCGGCAGGACGUACGAGGUGCAGUGUCAAGCGGUGGGCUCCAAGCCGCCGGCCAACGUGACGUGGUGGAAGGACAAUGAGAGGUUGACCAAUGCUACACAGACUGUAUCACCAGAUGGUAACGUAACAUCAUCCACUUUAACUUUCCAACCAACAAAAUCAGAUAAUGGUAAAUCAUUGGUGUGCCGUGCUGAAAACCAAAACGUACAACAGUUGGAGGAGAUGGUUGGUGGUAAAGUGGAAGACUCAUGGACAAUUGAUGUGCACUACGUACCGAUUUUGAAACUGGCUUUGGGAAUCAACAUGAAUCCAGCAGACAUUGAAGAAGGCGACGAUGUGUAUUUUGAGUGCAAGAUCGAUGCCAACCCACCAGCCUAUAAAGUGAUUUGGAAGCAUAACGGUCAAGUGGUCCAGGGAAAUGUGAAAAGCGGCGUGAUUAUGAAUCAAAAGGACCUGGCACUUCAAAACGUCAAGAGACAGCAGGCGGGUAACUAUUCGUGCUUGGCUAGCAACGUGGAGGGAGACGGCGAGAGCAACGUCGUCCGGCUAACAGUCAUGUACAAACCGGUGUGCAGGCACAACCAGAAGCUGACGUAUGGGGUGGCCCGGAACGAGAACACGGAAAUUGUGUGCGAGGUGGAUGCAUAUCCGGCACCAGACGUAUUCAAAUGGACGUUCAAUCGGACUGGUGGCGUGGCGUCCGAAAUCGGCAGCAACGAGGUGGUCCAGCACACCCGACCGGGCGGAAGCGAAACCGGAAGUGGCGGUGGCGGUUCGUUGUCGUCCGGCAAGCGCGGCAAACUAUCGUCGGUGCUCACGUACAGUCCUUCAGUCAUGGGAAUGGGUGGCGGCGGUGGAGGCAGUGGAAAUGGAGGCAACGUCGGAGACAACGAUUACGGAACUGUCACUUGCCGCGCUUCGAACACCGCCGGACAGCAAAUCGAGCCUUGCGUUUUCCACGUGAUCGCAGCCGUGAGACCCGACCCACCAUUCAACUGCACUUCCGGUGACCGGACGCUGUUCUCGGUGCACGUGUGGUGCACGCAAGGGUUCGACGGGGGCGUUGCUCAACGCUUCGCCCUGGAGGCGUACGACUCGGCGGGCCGCGCUGGCGCCGCCGACGGAGGGCCGUCUGGUCCGGACGACGGGUACGGCGGGCCCGCGGUGGCCGCGGACGGACCGGCGCCACCCAUGUUGGCCAACCUGACGGCCGACCGACCGGACUUCACGCUCCGACAGCUGUCGCCGUCCGUCGGGCUCCGGUUGGCCGUGUACGCGUACAACUCGCGUGGUACCAGCGACCGCACGUGGCUUACCGCCUACACACUCAACUCGGCCGACAAGCAGACCACUUCCGGUUCGUCUGCCGUGGGUGCCGGCGGCAACGACCGUUUCCGGCUGACGCCAGUGGUCGCCGGCCUUUUGGCCAUCACCAUUGUGUCAGCCGUGGCCGCAGCUGCGGUGAUGUGCGCGCUCCGUGUGCGAUCUCGACGGCACCGGAACCAACGUCGGCAGGACUUGUGUGGCGCCGGAACUGGCAGCGUUAUGGGCGGAGGUAUCGGCGGUGGAGCUGCUGUAAUCGCCGUGUGCAAGCAGAAAGCGGACGACGACGACGACGAGUACGCGGCGGCGGCAUCGGACCCAGACAAAAAUCCAGACCUGAUCCCGCCGACGAAGAUUAAAAGCGGAAGCAGAGGCAAUAUCGGAUACCGUGUUGUCCAACAACAGCCGAUGAUGGGAUUAAAUGACAACGAUGAUGAAAACUUGGAUGCUGCCGAAUCAUCAGACGAUGAACGAUCCGGUUACCCGACACUUCCGGUCGACGGUAUUGGCUCGCGCCCAUCCGUCAGUUCACUCCGACACCCUGCUACAUCAGUUGGACCUGGUUAUAGCAACAACGGCUAUAGACCUGAACAACAUAUGUCGACAACCAUAGCGGUAUCGUCCCGGUUACCACCUUACCACCAUCGGGAAAUCGUUACGGUCCGAACUCCAUUGAUGUCUAGCCAACAGGAAAGCUGCGUUUAAAUUUAUUAUUACAAACGUGUAUUCGUAUGAUAAUAUUAUUUUAUGUAAUGUAUACAUAAAAUUCAUAGUCCUAUAGUCCUAAUUAUUAUUAUUAUUAUUAUUAUUAUAACUAAUAUUACCCAAUAUUAUUAUUAUUAUUAUUAAUUGUAUUGUGAAUGUAUUUUGUUAAUAACUUCCUAAAUGUAUAUUAUUCAAAGAUUUUUCCUCUGUUUAUUUCCCCAUGUUCGUUUCUAACAUUUGUACUCAUGUUGCAUCUAAGUGUUUGUCAUUAUAAACUCUACUAAAUUCAUUUUUCGUAUAAUAAUCGCCUAAUUGCCAGUAUAUAUGCACUUCUAUUGUCUUUUGAACUACUCCAUAAUGACAUUUUGAAAUCUUUUUUUUACCGGAAUAUUUUAAUUAUGAGUCAUGAAAAUGAUAACUGACAGUUGGAAUUAUCUAAAUUAAAUUAUUAUUAUUAACAUGAUCUGUUUCUUAUUUAAUAUCGUCUCGUGAAAUACUAUGUAAUAUUUCUGGCCUUCGAAUUUAUUAAUGAUAUGUCCAAUCUAGUACGAAAAUCGCACCACAUAAAUAUGAUAUUAUGUGGCAAGUUUUUCAAUAUGUAAUUUUUGGGUUUUACGCCCAGCUAGAACAUGGCGUAAUAAUUCCGUUAAAUUCCGUUAAAUUCGUGUUAGUUUCGUUGUACUGUAUCAAAAAGUGUGUAAUUCCAAAAUGAUUUCAAGUAGAUGGAUUAUUUUUAAAAAAACAAAUUCAAAUACCCGCCUAAAUUGUUACACAAAUAUCUUUGUUAUAAACGUGGUACCAAUCUUGGAAACGUCCUCCAUAAUACUAUUUCGUGUGUUGAGUGUGAGGCAACUAGACGAAUUCCUUGCAUCUUCACUUUAAUGUUUAAUUAAAUCAAAUUUAAUCCAACCAUGUACAACUGUAUAAUAAUAAUAUCUAUAUUAUAACAUCCAUAGUGAAUAAUUUACCAAAUUACCAAUAAUGCUGGUUUUUUGCUGGAGGACAGUUGUUAAGUGUUAUAAUUUUUGUAUAAAAUAAGUUUCAAAUUAUAUGUGUUUAAAUUUAUUAUAUUAAUGGCUAGGUAAUACUAUUGUUGUUGUUUGUAUUUAUAAAGUUGGAAAACAAUUGUUGAAGUAAAACUGUCAUUGAUUCGCGCACCAGCGACAUCGUUAGUCUACUGAGAGAUAAGGUAUGACAUUUAAAAAAAUGUGUAUAAACUUUUUAUUAUUAUUGAUAUAAAUAAUAUUAUAUUUUAUGUAAAUAUUUAAUAUUAAAUAUCGGUAUCAAUAAAGAUAACGAGUUACCCGUAGUAAUUAUUUAUUAAUAGGUAUACUAGUUUAAUUAUAUGUCUAAACAAAAUAUUAAUAAUGAUAUUGAUAUAUAAUAAUACAUUUUUAAAUUAAAAACACACACGACAUUUUAAAAUUUUUAUUUUAUAUUUUGAGUAAGUAGGUAGCUAGAUCUGUAAAAUAUAUUUUUAUUUUGUCAAUUUAUUAUUAUAUAUUAUUAUCAUUUAUUGGUUACCUAAGAAACAUUUAUUUAAUUUGUAAGACAUUAGAAAUUACUACUAUUCGUUUAUAUGAAUAAACAUUUUUUUUUUUUUUGGGAUUUUAUCAAGUAAAUUAAAAUUUGUAUAUUAGGGAAUAUUUAAUGAAAACUAUUUUGUUCAACUACUAAUUAACUAGGUAUUUAGUAACACUGUUUCAUCUUAGAAUUUAGUUUUUCAACUGAGUUGAUAAUUACUACUAAAGUUUUUUUUUUUAAAUUUGUAUCAAAACUUUAUUAUUAUAUAUUAUUAUUUAUUAGUUUAUUUCUUUUCCGACUUUCGGUUUAUAUGUUCUAUAUUGUACUAUAUUAUUAUGGUGUUAUAUUAGAGUUAAUAAUCUUUUUACUAUCAAGUAUCAACGCAUAAAUAAUAUAAUUAACAUUUAAAUUAUAAUAUUACGUAGUAACUUUUUUUAAGUUUUUAAUAGCUCUAUGUUCAUUAAUUUAAAAAAUAUUUACAUAAUUAGAAAAAAAGUUGUUUUAUUCACGUUGUCGCUACUUAUAUAAUAUAAUUAAAUAUAAGUCAAUAAGUGUAAUCGUAUUCGCACAUAUAAGAUGCCAACUCUGUUUAGAAUUUAAUGCUAUUUUUCUUUCGAUUAUAAUUAGUGCGUAUUCGAUCGAAGUUUAAUUUACAAAUACUAUCCGUGUGUGUUUAUAUACAAUAUAAUGUGUAAUAUACAUUUAAUAAUAAUAUAUACUUCUAUCAUAUCUAUUUAGAAUUAUGCAUAAUAUAAUAAAUACAUAAAUAUAUCGAUCAAAAUUUGUUCGUUUUGUCCUAAGGACGGUUAUUAAUAUUAUUAAAACUAUUAUUAUUACUAUAAUUAAUUAAUUAUUAUUACUGAGUAAGUGUGUAAAUUGUGUUUGAUUAUUAUUCAAUCGUUACAAAAUUGUUUUACGAAAAUAUACAUGUGACGAUUUUUUCUUCA